AUGUGUCACACAGUAACCAGCUCUGUUUUCUUCUCAACAAGCCAACAAUUGGAGGUGUUGGUUUUGAAACACAGUUGUGUCAAGAGUUGCACUUCUUUCACUUUGUUUACUCCCAGUGCUGUGGAAGUCCUCAGGAUUUUUUGUGUUUCCUUUCUAGAGUCACUUUGCAUGAGGAAUGAUUCCACGUGCCUGCCAAACUCGUGCCAAAAGAACUCUACAUGCAUUGCUGGUCAUAAAGACGAUACUUGCCGUUGUGCAGAUGUAUCAGUGGACAGUGUGGAGGAACUCUGCAAUAAAACCUCUGAUCCUUGCUCCUCAAACCCUUGUCUUCAAAAUGCUACCUGUUUACGUUCUGCUGGAAACCUCAGCUUUGCUUGCGAGUGCCCUGCUGGGUAUAACGGACCUACCUGUGAAAUAGCCAUCAGCGUAUGUGACACAAACCCUUGUGAGCAUGGAGGCACCUGCCAAAAUGGCCUGGCUGGGCCUACCUGCCUUUGUAGCGCAGGAUACACAGGUACACUCUGUGAAAUGGAUUUUGAUGAAUGCAUUUCUGAACCGUGCCACAAUGGAGCAGUGUGCAGGGAUGGGGUUGAUGAAUACUCCUGCUACUGUGUCCCAGGCUACCAAGGCAAGCACUGUGACCUGGAAGUGAAUGAAUGUGUGUCAGAUCCAUGCCUGAAUGGGGCAACGUGUCUCAACCAGAUAGGACAGUAUGACUGCAUCUGUCCAUUUGGGUACGCAGGUACAAACUGUGAGCUGGAAAUAGAUGAGUGCUCAUCACAGCCAUGCCUGAACGGUGCGACCUGCCGGGAUUCCCUGGGGAGCUUUGCCUGCUCCUGCACGCCAGGCUUCCUUGGAGACCUCUGCGAAACCAACAUCGAUGAGUGCGUCAGCCAGCCGUGCCUCAAUGGGGGACUGUGCUCAGACGAUGCCAAUGGGUACAGCUGCAACUGUACCAGUACUGGAUAUAUGGGCGUACACUGUGAGACCCUGUCUCCCUUAUGUUGGUCGCAACCGUGUUACAAUAACGGCACUUGUGAGGACAACGCUGACAAUUACACGUGCCACUGUUGGCCAGGCUAUGCGGGUUCCCGCUGCGAGGAGGACAUCGGGGAGUGCAGCAGCAGCCCCUGCCUCUCCGGAGGUGACUGCGUGGAGCGAUCCUGGGCCGGCCGCUACGGCAGUGUCCCAGGCCUGCCACCGGCCUUCAGCUACGACAAGGCCGAGGGCUAUAUCUGUAGCUGUAAGCCAGGCUUUACCGGUACUCACUGUGAUGAAGACAUCAACGAAUGUUACACAAACCCUUGCCAAAAUGGUGGAAUCUGUGAGAAUUUUCCUGGGAAUUACACUUGCCAUUGCCCACCUGCAGACAAAGAAGGAAUUUAUUACGGUGGCUGGAACUGUACAGAAGUUCUCCAUGGCUGUACUGAUCAGCAAUGCCAAAACAACGGAAUAUGUAUCCCACAUUUAAAAAAUGGCCAACAUGGAUUCAGCUGUAUAUGUUCACCUGGGUAUACUGGAAUACACUGUGAAACCAUAACCACGUUUUCUUUUCAAGGAAACAGUUUCCUUUUGUUGAAGAAUCCCCUGACCUCUAAAAAGGAAUUCUUCUAUAAUAUAAACCUGAGGUUUCAAACUGUGCAACCUGCAGCUUUUCUGUUUUACCGAGGGGAGAAAAAUACAUUUGCGAAGCUGGAGUUACUGAAUGGCUACUUACACUUAUCUGUGCAAGUCAAUAACCAGCCACAGGCUCUUUUGCAUAUUUCACAUAAUGUCAGUGAUGGAGAAUGGCAUUCAGUGGAGGUAACCUUGGCAAGAGCUGUUACUCUUAAUUUGCUUGACAGCUCUUGUGUAGAAUCGUGUCUCAAUAAAACGUCUGCUAUGAUAGAUAACGAUCACGUGAUGCUUGCAUUUCAGAGCACGUUUUUGGGCGGCUUACCAGUGGGGAACAUUAGCGGCAACUCUCUACUUAACAUCUAUAAUAUACAUUCUGCACCUUCAUUUGUAGGCUGUCUUCAGGACAUUGAAAUAGACUUGAAUGUUAUUACUCCAGAGAAUGUAUCACCUGAAUCAUCUUUAAAUGUCAGGACAGGAUGUCCUAAAAAGGACUGGUGUGAAACCCACCCUUGUCAGAACAGGGGACGCUGUACCAACCUGUGGCUGAGCUACCACUGCGAUUGCUACCGGCCAUACACAGGGCCCAGCUGCACAACAGAGUACAUUCCAGGUCGGUUUGGAUCUGAGGACUCAUCAGGAUAUGCUGCUUUUUCUGUUGAUGCCACUCACAAUGAAAAUUUGAACAUAUCAAUGUUUGUCCGAACACGCAAAUAUUCUGGCUUGUUACUGGCUUUGAGAAACAGUACUUACCUCUACCUAAGAGUCUACUUGGAAGGUGGGAAACUCACAAUGUUAGCCCUAAAUUCCAUGAAGUUAUUAGGGAAACACUCCAUGAACGAUGGAAACUUUUACUUAAUAACAUUAAAAAUAGAACCAAAUAAGAUGGAAUUGUUCCAGUCCUCUCAAUACCUAGGCUUUAUUUCUACUCCAGUACUAACCAUCCAAAGUAAGGAUAUUCUUUACAUUGGAGGCCUACCAGAUAACAAAGAAACUGAUAGAAAUGGCAAGUAUUUCAAAGGCUGCAUCCAAGAUGUAAGAGUGAAUAAUCAGCCACUGGAAUUCUUCCCCAUCACCAAUCCACUGAAUUCUCUUAUCAACCGAACUCUGAUCAAUGUUACUCAAGGCUGCACUGGUGACAACCUCUGCAAGUCCAACCCUUGCCACAACGGUGGUGUGUGCUAUUCAAUCUGGGACGACUUCACUUGCACAUGCCCCCCUAACACGGCAGGGAAGGCAUGUGAGGAAGUUAAGUGGUGUGAGCUUGGGCCCUGUCCUAAUGAAGCACAAUGCCAGCUGGUGCAUCAAGGAUUUGAAUGUCUUGCUAAUGCAGUGUUUAGUGGUCGGAGCAGUGCAAUAUUUUACAGAAGCAACGGAAAAAUCAGCAGAGACCUCACCAAUAUCGUAUUUGGCUUUCGAACUAGGGACACUGACGUGAUAUUGCUGUAUGCAGAGAAGGAGCCAGAGUUCGUUACCAUCAGCAUUCACAACUCCAAAUUACUCUUUCAAUUGCAAAGCGGCAACAGCUUUUAUAAGCUGACCCUUGCUAGUUCACUGCCUGUGAGUGAUGGGAAAUGGCAUCAAGUGAUGGUCUCUAUGGUAGAGCCUCUGUCCCAGUUCUCUAGAUGGCACAUUGAUAUAGAUAACAAGAAAGACACUGCAACUAGCACAACUGCCACAGGAAGCCUCAACUUUUUAAGAGAAGAGACAGACAUCUAUGUGGCUGACAAGGCUUUUGACAGUCUGGAUGGCCUGCGAGGAUGUAUGAGCACCAUAGAAAUCAGUGGCAUUUAUCUCUCAUACUUUGAAAAUGCUGACAUCCCUACUAAAAAACCUCAAGAGGAGCAAUUUCUCAAAAUAUCUGCAAACCCUGCUCUUACUGGCUGUUUGCAGGUAGAUGUCUGCAGUUCAGAUCCCUGUAUGCAUGAGGGGAUAUGUGAAGACUUCUAUACUUCCUACCAUUGCAUAUGUCCCGAAGGAUGGACUGGCACCCAUUGUGAAGUCAACAUCAAUGAAUGCUCUUCAAACCCCUGCAUUCAUGGAAACUGCACUGACGGGAUCACCUCUUAUGAGUGCAGUUGUGAACCUGGUUACACAGGGGUAAAUUGUGAAGAGGACAUAGACAACUGCCGUGGCCACCAGUGUGCAAAUGGGGCCACUUGCAUUGAUGGGAUUAACGGAUAUUCUUGCGUGUGUGCUGGUAACUUCACCGGAAAAUUUUGCAGAUACAGAAGAUUACCAUAUACAGUUUGUGGCAAUGAAGAGAGAAACCUCACAUGUUUCAACUAUGGCAACUGCACCAAUCUCAGUGGCGAGUUGACAUGUGUGUGCCUGCCAGGAUUUGCUGGAGAACGAUGUGAAAAGGACAUUGAUGAGUGCAGCUCUGACCCGUGUCUGAACGGGGGCCUCUGCCAGAACCUACUCAACAAGUUCCACUGCCUCUGCGACGUGAACUAUGCUGGAGACCGCUGUGAGAUAGAUUUGACAACUGACUUGAUCUCGAACAUAUUCGCUUCCAUUGGCUCAGUAACGCUGGCCUUGUUAUUGAUCCUCUUCUUGGCAGUCGUGGUUUCAGUCAUCGCUGCCAAUAAACGGGCGACUCAAGGGACCUACAGCCCCAGCCGGCAGGAGAAGGAGGGAUCUCGGGUAGAGAUGUGGAACAUGGUGCAGCCACCGCCGAUGGAAAGACUGAUUUAG